CUCCGAGGUCAGUGUGGCCAGGUUUCGCAGGGUGUAGCUAGACAACACUGCUCGCCAAUUGAAAAUUCGUUCAUGUGACAACAGAGUGCCUCUCAAAAUUUGUUGAUGCCGGAAUGACGAACAAUAGCUUAGAUUUCUCCUCAGCAGCGAUGGAGGUCAAGGAAGUGGUCGUAAUUGUAAAAUGGAGCGGCAAGGAGUACCCGGUGGACCUCACCGACCAGGACACUGUGGAGGUGUUGCGCCAUGAGAUCUUCCGCAAGACCCAGGUGCGCCCGGAGCGCCAGAAGCUGCUUAAUCUGAAAUACAAAGGCAAGACAGCCCCCGACAAUGUGAAGAUCAGCGCCUUGGAGCUAAAGCCCAACUUCAAGCUGAUGAUGGUAGGGUCUACGGAGGCGGAUAUCGAGGAUGUCCAGAGCCUGCCCGAUGACAUUGGCGAAGUGGUGGACGACUUCGACGACGCGGAAGAGCGCGAGGAGUCUGUGGAGAACUCCGCUGUGUAUCUGGCCAAGGUUCAGCGUCGCGUGCGUGACUACAAGAUCAAGGAGCUGGCUCCGCCGCGCGAAGGCAAAAAGCUGCUGGUCCUGGACAUAGACUACACCUUGUUCGACCACCGGUCACCGGCAGAAACGGGCACCGAGCUAAUGCGACCGUAUCUGCACGAAUUUUUGGCCUCUGCCUACGAGGACUACGACAUCGUGAUCUGGUCCGCCACCAGCAUGCGCUGGAUUGAGGAAAAAAUGCGUCUCCUGGGUGUAACCACCAACGAGAACUACAAGGUGAUGUUCUACCUCGACUCGAAUGCCAUGAUCUCGGUGCACGUGCCGGAGCGCGGCGUGGUGGAUGUCAAGCCGCUGGGCGUGAUCUGGGCCCUGUAUAAGCAGUAUAGCUCCAGCAAUACCAUCAUGUUCGACGACAUUCGACGUAACUUUUUAAUGAACCCCAAGUCCGGCCUGAAGAUCCGUCCCUUCCGACAGGCGCACCUCAACCGAGGCACGGACCAAGAGCUGCUCAAGCUGUCCGACUACUUGCGAAAGAUUGCCCACAACUGCCAGGACUUCAACUCAUUGAACCACCGUAAGUGGGAGCACUACCAUCCCAAGAAGAACUCCUGAACUUCCGCGGGAGAUUUUCUCAUUUCGAUUGCACUCGUUUGUAAGAUUCGCUUAGGUUUAUUAAAUUAAGAUGCAUUUUGUACGCAA